AGAGAGAGAGAGAGAGAGUCGCCAUUACUGCUGCGUCGAGGGAGCCCCGUUGACGUCUCGCACGUCCCCCGUGUUAUCUUUCGAGGCCAGUCGCAGCAACAGCAAGAGCCGGGCCGGUCGAGCGAGAAAGCGAGCGAGAGCUGCCCCCGACACACGUCAUUGCCCCCGGGUGGGCAGCGCCGGACGUGGAUCGAGUGGCCCGUGGACGCGUUUCCUCGCGGAGUUUUGCCACUCUCGUCUUUUGUGCUUUUCAAGGCGGAGACGCUCCCGACGAGGAGGACGCUGGAGCGACCAUGUUGUUCUUCCUGCUAGGCAGGUGAUAGGAGGGGGAAUCGUCGGCCGCCUCCCGCGAGAUCGGACAGGAAGGAGGGAGCGGGCGCCGGCAAUGAUCUCCCGGCAGCGAGCGAGUGGGCGAUGAGCGCCGGGAUCUAAGACCAUGGCCAAGAACAAGGACGCGCGGCCGCCGACGUUCGCCGUCAGCGUGGUGGGCCUCUCCGGGACGGAGAAAGACAAGGGCAACUGCGGCGUGGGCAAGUCGUGCCUUUGCAACCGCUACGUGCGACCGCACGCCGACGACUACUACUCGGAGCACACGUCGGUGCUGAGCACCAUCGACUUUGGGGGCCGCGUGGUCAACAACGACCACUUCCUGUACUGGGGCGAAGUCCCCCACCGAGGGGACGAGGGAGCCGACUGCAAAGUGCAAGUGGUGGAGCAGACGGAGUUCAUCGACGACCAGACCUUCCAGGCGCACCGCAGCACCAACAUGCAGCAGUACGCCAAGCGGGCGGCCAGCGCCAAGCUGCAGUCGGCCGAGAAGCUCAUGUACAUCUGCACCGACCAGCUGGGCCUGGAGCAGGACUUUGAGCAGAAGCAGAUGCCCGACGGCAAGCUGAACGUGGACGCCUUCGUGCUGUGCGUGGACGUCGGCAAGGGCUGCAACCGCAAGUUUGACGACCAGAUGAAGUUCGUCAACGGGCUCUACUCGCAAAUCGCCAAGUCCAAGAAGCCCGUGGUGGUCGCCGCCACCAAGUGCGACGACCCGGUGGAGCAGCACCUGAGGGACCUGCACGCCUUCGUGGCCGGCAAGAAGAACCUGGUCCUGGCCGAGACCUCGGCGCGCGCCAACGUCAACGUGGAGCUCUGCUUCAACGCCCUCCUGCAGCAGCUGGACAAAAGCCGGGCCAAGCCCAAGAUGCUCCCCUACGCCGAGGCCUGCAAAGUCCAGAGGCAGCUGGUGGCCUCGGCGACGGAGCGCUUCGAGAAGCUCACGGCGCAGCUGGUGAGAGACCACCGCGCCACCUGCAAAGGGGCGCUGGCCGGCAUGAGGGGCAACCCCGACUACGAGGACUUUGUGGCCCUGGAGGGCUCCAGGAAGGCCCGCGGCAUGCUGACCAAGCACAUGGCGCAGCUCAAGCAGGAGCACGUGGCCAGGAGGCGGGAGGAGUACCUGGCCACCCUGCCCAAGACCCUCAACAACCUCCUGAGCCGCUUGGACGAGGUGGAGCACCUGACCUGGGCCGAGGCGCAGAGCCUGAUCCGCCGGCGCCCCGAUUUCCACUGCUGGUUCGUGGUGCUGGAGCGGACGCCCUGGGACGCCUCGGAGCACGCCGACGGCAGCGACCGCCGCAUCCCCUUUGACCUGCUGGCCACGGCCGACGGCGAGCGCGUUUUCCGCGACCACGUGCGGCACCUGCAGUCGGAGAAGCGGCGGCUGGACGCCAAGGAGCGCUUCAAGAAAACGCUGGAGCGCCUUCACUUCAUCGGCGCCGGGCAGCCUUGGGAGGAGGUGGCCUGCCUGCUGCCCGAGGACGAGGCCCACGGCGUCCCGGGCGAGGCGGACCGGCGGGACGUGUACGCGCGGCACCAGCGGGAGAUGGUGGAGCGGGCCAAGGAGGACUUCCAGGAAAUGCUCUUCGAGCACGCCGAGCUCUUCUACGACUUGGACCUGAACGCCACGCCCAGCUGCGACAAGAUGAGCGAAAUCCACGGCGUGCUGAGCGAGGAGCCCCGCUACCGGGCGCUGCAGAGACUGGCGCCGGACCGCGAGUCCCUCCUCCUCAAGCACAUCGGCUUCGUCUACCAUCCCACCAAGGAGACCUGCCUGAGCGGCCAGGACUGCGUGGACCUGAAGGUGGAGCAGGUCCUGGCCGACCGGCUGCUCCGGCGGGAGCCCGAGCUCCGGCGCUACGGCGGCGCCGACGUGGACAAGGUCAACCUCUGCCUCCUGGGGAGGGAGGGCCUCCCGCAGGAACUGGCCAACGAGAUCCGGGCGCAGUCCACCGACGACGAGUACGCCCUGGACGGCAGCAUCUACGAGCUGGAGCUUCUGGCCGUGGACGUCAACUCCACGCUGCUCUUCAGCCACACCUGGCUGGCCACCUUCAAGCCGCACGGCUGCUUCUGCGUCUUCGACUCCAGCGAGUCGCUCAACUGCGUGGGCGACUGCGUGGGCAGGAUCCGGGCCGAGAUGGCCCAGGGCCGGGGGGAGACGUUUGCCCCCCCCCUCCCCUUCGUCCUCAUCCUGGCCAACCAGAGGGACGGCGUGUGCAAGAACGUGCCCAUCCUGCGGCACCAGGGCCAGCGGCUGGCCAACAAGCUGCAGUGCACCUACGUGGACGCGCCCUCGGCCGCCUUUGCGCGCAAGUUCAGCGAGGCGCAGGUCAAGCAGGGCCUGCGGGCCGUCCUGGACGGGCCGCGGCAGAAUUCGGACGCUCCCGCCGCGCCGCCGCCGCCGCCCUUCGUCAGGGACGCCUCGUCGGAGGCCGACCUGCGCGUGGUCAUGUGCGCCGUGUGCUGGGACCCCUUCGGCGCCGAGCUCAUCCUCUCGCCCUUCCUGGAGUCGCGCCGCUGCGGCGCCGACGGGCCGGGCCGGCCCAACGCGCUGCUCCUGGACAAGAUGGUGGGAGCCGGCCGCCGGCGGAUCCGGGUCAGCGUCCUCUCCUACCACUCGGCCAUCGGCGUGCGCAGGGACGAGCUGGUGCACGGCUACAUCCUGGUCUACUCGGCCAAGCGCAAGGCCUCCCUGGCCACGCUUCGCGCCUUCCUGGCCGAGGUGCGGGACGUGAUCCCCGUGCAGAUGGUGGCCGUCACCGACAGCCAGGCCGACUUCUUUGAAGACGACGGCGUCAAGGAGCUGAUGACGGAAGGCGAGCGCAUCGCCACCGAGAUCGCCGCCAAAUUCACGGCGCUCUACUCGCUGUCGCAGUACCACCGGCAGACGGAGGUCUUCACGCCCUUCUUCAACGAAGCGCUGGAGAAGAAGGCCGACGUGGAGAGCGCCUUCUGGUCGGACGGCGCGUCCAGGGAGCGGGCGGGGGCCGGCCCGGAGCUUUCGCGCAGCUCCCCGCUCGCCCGCUCUCCGGCCUACGACGCCUACUACCCGGAGUCGGACGACGACAACGAAGCGCCGCCGCCGUACAGCCCCAUCGGCGACGACGUUCGGCUCCUUCCCGCGCCCAGCGAGCGCGCCAAGUACCGCGUGGACCCCGAGGGCAACGAGUACCCGCUCCACGGCGGCGCGCCCGCCGCCGACCACGAGCGCAACCACAAAGUGCCGCCGCCCGUUCGGCCCAAGCCGGCGCUCCCCAGGCCCGGCGUGAAAAAGCUGGACCCCAACCUGCUGAAAACCAUCGAGGCCGGAAUGCGGGGCAACCGGCGGCCGGUGCCGCCGCGCGGGCACGCCGACGACGCCGAGGCUUCGGACGGCUACGCCGACCCCGCCGACGCCUUGCUCAGGAGCGGGGCCUUCCGGCCCGACGACGUUUACGCCGAGCCGGACGACGCGCGCGACCGCCCGCUCAAGUUCCGCGACUCGUCGGGCCCGGGCGGGGGAGCGGAGGACGAGAACGGAUACGAGCGCAAGGCCCGGACCGCGCCCAGGCCCACCAAGUACAAGCACCGCUCCAAAAUCCUCUUCAGCAAGACCAAGGCCUACCAAAGGCGCUUCCACUCGGACAGCGACGGCGAGGAGAGCGGCCCCGCCCUGCAGAAGAAGAAGAAGGGGCGGGCCCAUCGGGGCGGCGAGGAGGACCCCCUGCUGUCCCCCGCCGACCCUUGGAAGGGCGGCAUCGACAACCCCGCCGUCACCUCCGACCCCGAGCAGGAAGACAAGAAGAUGAAGAAGAAGAAGACGCCCAAGACGCCCAAGGAACCCAAGAAGGCCAAAUCGUCGAAGGCGCCCAAGCCGCUGUACCCGCCCACGCGGCGAACGUGGGAGAGCAACUACUUUGGCGUGCCGCUGCACAACUUGGUCUGCCCCGAGCGGCCCAUCCCGCUCUUCAUCGAGAAGUGCGUCGACUACAUCGAGCGCACAGGUUUGACCACGGAAGGCCUGUACCGCGUCAGUGGCAACAAGACGGACCAGGACAACAUCCAGAAGCAGUUUGACCAAGACCCCAGCGUGGACCUGCUGGCGCUGGACGUGGCCAUCAACGCGGCGGCCGGCGCUCUCAAGGCUUUCUUUGCCGACCUGCCCGACCCGCUCAUCCCCUACGCGCUCCAUCCCGAACUCGUCCAGGCCGCAAGACUGGCGGACUACGCCGAGCGUCUGCACGUGCUGAAGGAAAUCGUCAACAAGUUUCCCUCCGUCAACUAUCACGUCUUCAAGUACAUCAUCACGCACCUCAACAGGGUGAGCCAGCACAGCAAGAGCACGCUGAUGACGGCCGACAACUUGUCCAUCUGCUUCUGGCCCACCCUGAUGCGGCCCGACUUUGAGAACAAAGACACGCUGUCCAGCACCAAGCUCAACCAGGCCGUGGUGGAGACCUUCAUCGUGCAGAGCGACUUCUUCUUCCACGGCGGCGACGCCGUCCGCCACGACGGCGCCGGCGCCGGCGGGCCCCCGCCGCACCCCUGCCGCGACAUGGUGGAGGCCCUGCUGCCCCUGCAGCUGCCGCCCCCCCUGCAGCCGCAACAGAUCCAGCGCGCGCUGCCGCCCGAGCCUCUGGUUUGAGCCGCGCCCUCCUCCGCCCCCACAAAGGCCGCCCGAAAAGUCGGCCGCGUUUCCUUUUUUGCUGCAUAUUGAACAACAGGCUGCGGGAGUGAUGCCCAAAAAUGGCCACAAAGUCCUACUUUUGCAAAAAUCGGGCUCCUCGACUCG